UGCUGCAACGAUAAAGAAAUGAACUCAAACAUAUUUCUGGGCACAGCAGAGAACGGCCUGCGGCACGAUAAGAUUGUUAUACUUGAUGCUGGAGCACAGUACGGCAAGGUUAUCGACCGUAAGGUACGCGAACUCCUCGUUGAGUCGGAUAUCCUUCCACUGGACACCCCAGCGGCUACGAUACGCAACAAUGGCUAUCGAGGCAUCAUCAUCUCCGGGGGACCCAACUCAGUCUACGCAGAGGAUGCACCCAGCUAUGAUCCCGAUCUGUUCAAGCUAAAGAUACCUAUGCUGGGCAUCUGCUACGGCAUGCAGCUAAUAAACAAAGAGUUCGGAGGCACAGUGCUCAAGAAGGAUGUACGAGAGGAUGGCCAACAAAAUAUCGAGAUUGAGACCUCGUGUCCGCUCUUUAGUCGCCUCAGUCGCACACAGUCGGUGCUGUUAACCCACGGUGAUAGCGUUGAGAGAGUGGGCGAGAAUCUGAAGAUUGGUGGCUGGUCCACAAACCGCAUUGUGACAGCUAUUUACAAUGAAGUACUCCGCAUCUACGGCGUCCAGUUCCAUCCUGAGGUGGACCUCACUAUCAAUGGCAAACAGAUGCUAUCGAACUUCCUGUACGAAAUCUGCGAACUGACGCCCAACUUUACCAUGGGUAGUCGAAAGGAGGAGUGCAUACGCUACAUCCGCGAGAAAGUGGGCAGUAAUAAAGUGUUGCUACUGGUCAGCGGCGGCGUGGAUUCGAGUGUCUGUGCAGCUUUGCUCCGCCGUGCUUUGUACCCCAAUCAGAUAAUUGCCGUACAUGUAGAUAAUGGUUUCAUGCGCAAAAACGAAAGUGAAAAGGUGGAGCGUUCACUGCGCGAUAUUGGCAUUGAUUUAAUUGUCCGAAAAGAAGGCUACACGUUCCUUACAGGCACUACGCAAGUCAAGAGGCCCGGACAGUACUCCGUGGUGGAAACGCCUAUGUUAUGUCAGACCUAUAAUCCGGAGGAGAAACGCAAGAUAAUUGGUGAUAUAUUCGUCAAAGUGACCAACGAUGUAGUAGCCGAAUUGAAACUAAAGCCCGAGGAAGUUAUGUUGGCUCAGGGAACCCUCCGACCAGAUCUAAUCGAGUCCGCCUCGAACAUGGUGAGCACGAAUGCAGAAACAAUCAAAACGCACCACAAUGACACGGAUCUGAUCAGAGAGCUUCGUAACGCAGGACGUGUGGUUGAGCCGCUGUGUGACUUUCAUAAGGAUGAAGUGCGCGACUUAGGCAACGAUCUUGGACUGCCCCAAGAGCUUGUGGAGAGACAACCCUUCCCAGGUCCUGGCCUGGCAAUCCGCGUUCUCUGCGCCGAGGAGGCAUACAUGGAGAAGGACUACUCAGAGACUCAGGUUAUUAUACGCGUGAUUGUAGACUACAAGAAUAAACUGCAGAAGAACCAUGCUCUAAUCAACCGCGUAACAGGGACCACGAGCGAGUCAGAACAGAAAGACCUAUUGCGUAUCUCUGCGAACUCGCAGAUUCAGGCAACUUUGCUGCCCAUCCGCUCCGUGGGCGUGCAAGGUGAUAAACGGUCAUACAGCUACGUAGUAGGUCUAUCAACGAGCCAGGAGCCCAACUGGCAGGACCUUCUCUUCUUGGCUAAAAUUAUACCGCGCAUACUGCACAACGUGAACAGGGUGUGCUACAUUUUUGGCGAGCCCGUGCAGUACCUAGUAACGGAUAUAACGCACACCACACUGAAUACGGUAGUUCUUUCGCAGCUAAGGCAAGCGGAUGCUAUUGCCAAUGAAAUCAUAAUGCAAGCUGGACUAUACCGGAAAAUCUCUCAGAUGCCUGUUGUUCUCAUACCCGUGCACUUUGACCGCGAUCCCAUUAACCGUACACCCUCAUGCCUAAGGUCGGUAGUGCUGCGUCCGUUCAUAACGAACGACUUUAUGACUGGUGUGCCGGCUGAGCCCGGCUCCGUGCAACUGCCAUUGCAGGUCCUAAAUCAAAUUGUACGCGAUAUAUCCAAACUGGGCGGAAUCUCGAGGGUGCUGUACGACUUGACAGCUAAGCCACCGGGCACCACCGAGUGGGAAUGAUGCGUUCAAAUCAAAACUUUCAACAGCCAUUUCAUAGAAGUAGAUGAGACAAAAAAUAAUCAACCAACCCAUAAGCGGCGGGCGCUCGAUAGGAGGACAACGACUAUUCAAUGGACGUUCAGGUGGGAUAAAGAUCCAACGGUGGAUGGAUCGACCCUUGCUUUCGAGCCCAUCGCAGCUGCACCUGCCUUUUAAAGAGAAACGUUAAACGAGCAAUUCAUGAGGCGCAAAUAUAGAACUGCAACUGCCGCUUCGAAAUUUAAAAA